UCGUGUCGGCAGCCAUGUCCGCGGACGAGUACGAGUACGAGAGGAUGCGUGCCGAGCUGCUCGGGCUGCCUCCUCCCGAGAGGAAGCCGGACCCGCCGGCGCAGGGAACCGCGGAGGACGCCGACGAGGAAGCGAACCCGGCAAUCGACGAGCAAGUGCUUGGUGUUGAAGAUGAGCAAAUGAAGAACAUAACAGGAGGCCUGGAUGAACUAAACAGUAUUCUCACUGUCACUCAAAAGAAACUGAACAAGUUUAAGGUCGUGUGUGGCAGCCUAACGAAUCUGCUGAAAAUAAGAGUUGGCAAGGAAGAUGGCAGCUCGAGUGCCUGCAGCACAGACUGUAGCAGAUCUCUGGGCUCUGGUGCUGAGGCAGAGAGGAAACAGGACGAGCAACAGGAUGCAGAAGCAGAGAAGGAACAGAGUGCUGUAGUGAAAAGUCCAGAAAAAGAAGAGAAAUCUGUAACAUCACAGAGAGCACUGAAUUUAGCUGAUAAAAUAACUUCACAGACAGAUCGUUUGGAUGCAAUGAUCAUGAAAGCUGAGCAAGCAGAAAUAAGCAUGUCUCACCAGAACAAGCAAAUGCGAUCGUUUCUUAGAUAAUAAUUUAUCACUCUAGUGGAUACCCUUAAGACAUAUCUUAAAUAUGACCAGCUGCUGAAGUCUUAAACUGAAAAUGGUUUCCAAUAUUUUGGGGAUCUAUUGCUUCUUUCUGUGAUUUUUUUAUAUGAGUAAAUCCAUUUUUACCAUCAGUAUUACAAAUGCAAAAGGUUUCAACAAUAUGUUUUUUUCAGGAUGACAACCAGCAGGUAUAAUUAAUGAUUUUACAAAAUUAGUGCACUAGAUCUGUGUUAAAGGUGGGUGACAGGCCUUUGAGGUAUAAGACUGAUCAUCCGGCCACAUGUUUAUAAUAAGAGAAUAAACCUGACACCUAGCUGUUGCAUUCCUGCCUAAAGCAUUGCAGUACUCACAUUUUUCAUUAAGCUCAAUUUUGUUUGAAGUGUAAGUGUUGGUGCCAUAACUGAAACAUUUGUCUGUGCUUUCAUACAGAAGAUGUUGAAAUGGUGUAACAUGCCAAGUGACAUCUAUUUGCUGUUUGUACACUUCUUUCACAAACUUCACUUUUCAGGAUUUAGGCCAUGGUCUAAAGCAUAUUUUGGAGACUAACAUUUCUUUUUGAUUAUCUUGUUGCUGACAAAUCCUGCCAUUUUGGUUCCUAGAGCACAC